AUGCCUCACGGUGGCCGUGAGCCGCCAGCAUCACCGCGCUCCUCCAAGCCCAGCAAGGGCAAGGGGCGCAUCUUCAAGAACUCGAAGCUGCAGCCUUCGGAGAUCAGGGCGCUGCAGGCCGUCGCGCGCCAGUACAACGCAGCGGCCUCACAAACCUCAACCCCGACCGGAGGCACCAGUGGAGCAGGGGAGGAAUUUUUCCCCCCGCCCCCCUCGAUACCCGACACCCCGGCGUCACCCUCACCGCCACCGCGCGCAACCCGUCCAAACUGGUCCGCGCCGCCGGUGGUCAACAUGCCGGAGCCAAUGGACGUGGUGGCCCCACACCUAAACACCACCGACCGGGACACGGGUAGCUCACACCCGACCACCGCCAUACCGGACGCAGGCACUACGCACCCUCCGUCCGCGAUCCCGCGACCGACCCCACGGCCGCAGAAGAACACGGCGCAGUCGCAGCCGGCCACUGCCGCGACCGCCGCCCCCCGCGACCCCACCACCACCCCUGUGACACCCGAAACCAGGCCACCGGCGGGCACGCAACACGCCUCGGCCCCACCCCGCCAGCAACGACCGAAGAAGCCCCAACAGGGACCAACGACCGCACGCGCCGCGCCCUUAAGCGCUGCACCCACACGCGCCGCGGACCCAAGUGCUGCGCCCUCGCGCACCGCGACUGGAGCUCCCGCACCCCUGUAUAACACCACGCCGGGACACUUCCCCUCCCCUACAAGGGAGCCGGCGGACAAGCGGCAGGCCGUCUUCAUCACGCCGCCCUUCCGCCCGCCCCCCAUCCUGCCACCAUUCACCGCGCCGCCCCAGCAUGACACUGCGCCCCCGCCGACCUACGCGGCCGCCGCUGCACCUAACCCCGCUGGCACACGCGCCCCCGCCUCAGCGGCGGGCCACACCGCCACACCAACCACAACGAACGCCGCCACCAACAACACCAGCGCCCCCGCGCCCGGACCACAGAGCGCCCCCGCCCCGAAAACACGAUACCCGCCCCUCAUCGUGGAGAAGCUCCCCAACUGGGUUGAGCACUUCGCGGCGCUGAGGAGGCGGAUGGGCCACGCGCCCAACGCCCGCCCUUUUGGCCAAGGCGUGCGCUUCACACCCCGCUCCGACGAAGAAUACAGAGCGAUCCAGGCGUACCUAGCCGACCUGGAGAGGACCCAGGGAGUCGCCUGGUUCUCAUACUCCCUCCCGGCGGAGCGGAGCCUAAAGGUGGCCAUCAGAGGGUUGCCUGUGGACACCCCACCGGAAGCGAUACAGGAGGCCCUGCGGGAUGCCGGCUAUAAGGCAGAAUACGUCCGCCCAAUCCGUGCGCGCCAGGGACGACCGGGGUGCCUGUAA